UAUAGAAAUAAAUGGAAGGGAACUUGUAUGAUAGGGAAGUCUAUUGGAAAGAACAGAGAUUAUUAGACCUUGUGCAAGAUAGGAUACAUAAAGAACUUCUUCGCUGGUGAAAAGCUUCAAAAGAUGAGAUUGAGAGGUGUGAAAUUAAAGUUCCUAGUAAAAAGAAAAUAUACGAGUUCCGCAAACACUUUAAUCAAGGGAUUCACUUUGACCAGACUGUUUUGUCACAUUCUGAUAUUAAACUUGGAGGGAAGGCUGAUAAAAUUGCAAAAAUAUUGAAGCCAAGAAUAAUAGAAAGAAUAAUCAUUGGUGAUAGAGAUUUUGGCUUAGUCGCACUCAACUCUCAAAAUGAUAAAGAUAUUUCGAGAGUGAGCAAUUUGGUAUCUUACGCCACUAAAUUUGUGUGCAUAAAAGGACUCAAAUUGACAAGAUAUCAAUUUUCAAAGAUUGUCAAUUCAUCAAGAUAUGCAAGGAUGGUGGAAUUCCAUUCUUGAGAAAUAAAUUCUGAAGAAACUAAAUUCAAACAUGGAAUUGAAUUCAGUAUAAAAUGAAUCAACUUUCAAAAUUGUGGAGUCCAAAGGAAGAGUGAUUGGGGAAACCAUCCAGAAAAGCUCUGCUCAAUUUUUGAGGCAAUAUCCAACUCAAGUUUAUUUUAUUCUCUAGAAAAGCUUUUCUUAGGAAGACUAGACUUGAGCAAAAGCCAUAUCGAAGAGUUCAUUGAGAAAUGUUCAUUAUCCAGAAUCGCAGUUUCUUUUGAUUGAAUUACUAGUCAGACUGUAUACUAUUUGACUAAUAAAAAAACACCUUCUCAAUCAAGUUAAGCAGAAAUACCAAAGAUAUACAUCACAAUACUUAUUUUACACCAUUAAAACACAACUAUUUUCAUC